CACUUGCAGUCGUUUGUGAGCGUUCGCAGCGCAAGUUGCAUUCACAGCCAAAAAAUCAACCAAAAAAAAGAAUAUAACAAAAGUGUUAACAAAGCAAAAACCAAAGAACGAGAACAAAGUUCGAUAAUCAAAGAAAUAUUAAACCCCAUCAACAAAAGAAACUCUUAAUACCAACAAACGAAAUCAAAGAAAAAGGAUAGAAAAGAGCGAAAGGUCUAAACGAGGCAAAGAAGACAAACGUUGAGAAAACAAAAAGAAAAGGGCGAAAAGUGCGAAAAAUGUGCGCUUCGCUGCGUCGUAAUUUGUUGCUGCGGAGCCUUUGGGCAACCGCUCUACUGGCAAUCAUGGCCAUGGGCACGGUGCAGGCCGCUUCACCGCGCUGGGAGCCGCAAAUCGCCGUUCUGUGCGAAGCCGGUCAAAUCUAUCAGCCGCAAUAUCUAUCCGAGGAGGGACGCUGGGUAACGGAUUUAAGCAAGAAGACAACGGGCGCCACAUGUUUGCGUGAUAAAAUGGAUUUGCUUGAUUACUGCAAGAAGGCUUAUCCAAAUCGAGAUAUAACCAACAUUGUGGAGUCAUCGCAUUAUCAGAAAAUUGGCGGUUGGUGUCGUCAGGGAGCAUUGAAUGCGGCUAAAUGCAAGGGUUCUCAUCGCUGGAUUAAACCAUUCCGUUGUCUGGAAGGACCAUUCCAAUCGGAUGCCUUACUGGUGCCUGAGGGAUGUCUCUUCGAUCACAUACACAAUGCAUCCCGCUGCUGGCCAUUCGUUAGAUGGAAUCAAACUGGAGCAGCUGCCUGCCAGGAGCGUGGCAUGCAAAUGCGUAGCUUUGCCAUGCUAUUGCCCUGUGGCAUCUCUCUAUUCUCGGGCGUGGAGUUUGUAUGCUGUCCGAAGCAUUUCAAAACCGAUGAGAUUCGCGUGAAGAAGACAGAUAUUCCAGUCAUGCCGCCAGCCCAACUAACCAGUGCCAAUGAUGACCUAACUGUCAAUGAUGAUGACACCGAUGAUAGCAACGACUCGAACUACUCCAAGGACACCAACGACGAUGAGUUGGAUGACGACGAUGAUCUGAUGGGCGAUGAUGAAGAGGACGAAAUGGUGGCCGAUGAGGCGGCAACUGCUGGUGCGGCUAGCGGUGGCGGUGGCAGUGGCAGCAGCGGCAACGGCAACGGCAACAGCAACCCAUCAGGCCAAGCUGAUGCCAAUGCCAGUGGCUCUUUGGAUGACAUUAAUGCCGAAUAUGAUAGUGGCGAGGACACGGAUAACUAUGAAGAGGAUGGAGCCGCUGCUGAAAGUGAUAUGGCCGAUGCAUGGGAUCAGAAUGGCAGCUCAAGUGGUUCGGGCUCUGGAGCCAGUAUCGUUGGCCAGGCUAAAUCGCCAGCUCUAAAGGCGCCAGCUGUUUCCAUGUUCUCGUCAACGACUUCGUCGGCCGAUGUGUCAGCUGGCAAGGUUGGCCAAAUGAAGUCAGCCGAAAUGGUUACCGGUACACCGCAAUUGUCCGCUGCUGCUGCUGCUGCGGCUGCGGCCGCUGCUGCCGUUGUGGCCGCUGCCAAUGGCGGUGGAGCACCCCCAUCGACUGCCCAGCCCACCUCGGAUCCGUAUUUCACUCACUUUGAUCCACAUUAUGAGCAUCAGAGCUACAAAGUAAGUCAGAAAGAAGCCCAACAGCGCCUUGAGGAAUCGCAUCGCGAGAAGGUGACCCGUGUGAUGAAGGACUGGUCUGAUCUGGAGGAGAAAUAUCAGGAUAUGCGUCUAGCCGAUCCCAAGGCGGCACAGAGUUUCAAACAACGCAUGACUGCACGUUUCCAGACUUCUGUUCAGGCACUCGAGGAAGAAGGCAACGCCGAGAAGCAUCAAUUGGCUGCCAUGCAUCAGCAACGUGUCCUGGCCCAUAUCAAUCAAAGGAAACGCGAGGCAAUGACCUGUUACACACAGGCUCUGACCGAACAGCCCCCCAAUGCCCAUCAUGUGGAAAAAUGCCUACAGAAGCUUUUGCGUGCUCUGCACAAGGAUCGUGCCCAUGCCUUGGCCCAUUAUCGCCAUCUAUUGAACUCUGGUGGUCCUGGUGGAUUGGAAGCGGCAGCCUCUGAGCGGCCACGUACAUUGGAGCGAUUAAUCGAUAUCGAUCGUGCUGUCAAUCAAUCGAUGACAAUGCUAAAACGCUAUCCAGAACUAUCGGCCAAGAUCGCUCAACUGAUGAACGAUUACAUUUUGGCGCUGCGCAGCAAGGACGAUAUUCCCGGCUCAUCGCUGGGCAUGAGCGAGGACGCUGAGGCUGGCAUUUUGGAUAAAUAUCGCAUUGAAAUCGAACGAAAGGUGGCCGAAAAGGAACGUCUUCGAUUGGCCGAGAAACAGCGCAAGGAGCAAAGGGCAGCCGAACGUGAAAAGUUACGUGAGGAGAAACUUCGCAUGGAGGCCAAGAAAGUUGACGAUAUGCUCAAGUCGCAGGCGGCCGAGCAGCAGCAGCAGCAGCAACAAUUGCCCGAGUUGCAGCAGCAACAGCAGCAACAACAACAGCAGCAACAGCAACAGCAAUUGGAUAAGAGCAAGGAUCUAAGUCUAGAUAGUGGUCUAGUGACUUUGGCCAAUCUUAAUCUUGAUACCACAAAGAGCGAAAAGGAUUUGGUUGAUGCUGAAUACGCUGAGGCCACUGUCAGUAGCACCAAAGUCCAGACCGCUUUGCCAACGGUCGAUGAUGAUGCCGUACAGCGGGCGGUAGAAGAUGUUGCCGCUGCUGUGGCCCAUCAGGAGGCCGAGCCGCAGGUUCAACAUUUCAUGACCCAUGAUCUGGGCCAUCGCGAAUCGAGCUUCUCAUUGCGCCGUGAAUUUGCCCAUUCACAUGCGACUAAAGAGGGACGCAAUGUCUAUUUCACGCUCUCAUUUGCUGGCAUUGCCCUGAUGGCGGCUGUCUUUGUGGGCGUGGCCGUUGCCAAAUGGCGAACAUCACGUUCACCGCAUGCCCAAGGCUUUAUUGAGGUGGAUCAGAACGUGACCACACAUCAUCCCAUCGUCCAGGAGGAGAAAAUUGUGCCGAAUAUGCAAAUCAAUGGAUAUGAGAAUCCAACCUAUAAAUAUUUUGAAGUGAAAGAGUAAAGAGCAACUAUUUGUAACCAAAAAAGAAGCAAAUGAAAACAACAAAAAAGGCGACAACAAACAAAAUGUUGC